CUCCGCUCUCUUGUAGUAUCUCUGGUCGUCUCCACAGCGCCCCGUGGUUGCUACUGAAGUUACCAUUAGCAACUGGGCAGCGCCCGGUGGAGCACAUCUCACCGCUGUCGAUGCUGUCCUUGUAAAAGCAGUACUUCCAGCUCUCCUUGAUUUUAAUACCCAGUCAAGGCAUUGACAGAGAAGUGAAUCAUAAGCUGUGGAGAUAUUUAUGAUGCUGACCAUUUUUAACACGUCAAGUAGCUGAAAUUGGCACGACCAUGUUGCCAGGAGUCGGUGUAUUUGGCACCGGGAGCACAGCCCGAGUGCUGGUCCCAUUAUUGAAAGCUGAAGGCUUUGACAUUCAUGCACUCUGGGGUAGAAGCGAGGAGGAAGCGCGCUGCUUGGCAAAGGAGCUUGGCAUCCCAUUUCACACCAGCCGAUCUGAUGAUGUCCUUCUGCACCAAGACGUCGACCUCGUUUGCAUCUAUAUUCCUCCCUCGAUGACAAGGCAGAUUGCUGUCAAAGCACUGGGUAUAGGUAAGAAUGUCGUGUGUGAAAAAGCUGCAACAGCUGUGGAUUCAUUCAAGAUGGUUACAGCAGCCAGAUACUACCCCCAGCUGCUCAGCAUUAUGGGUAAUACCCUUCGCUUCCUACCAGCUUUUGUUGCAAUGCGCCAGUUGCUGGUGGAGGGUUACGUUGGUGAAAUGCAGGUGUGUGAUGUCCGAGUCUACGGCCCAAGCCUCCUGGAUCAGUCAUAUGGCUGGACGUGUGAGGAGUUGAUGGGAGGAGGCGGUCUACACACUGUCGGCUCUACCAUCAUUGAUCUUUUAAGUUAUCUAACGGGUGCACGAGCCCAACGUGUUCACGGUUUACUGCGGACAUUUGUACAACAGAACGGCUUGAUCAGGGGCAUUCGCCGCGUCACCAGCGAUGAUUUCUGUUUCUUUCAAAUGUUGAUGGGUGGAACUGUGUCGAGCUCUGGUGGCGUGUGUUGCACUGUGACUCUGAACUUCAACAUGCCGGGGUCAUUCCUGCACGAGGUUAUGGUUGUUGGUUCAUCUGGAAGACUGGUCGCCAGGGGGACCGAGCUGUAUGGUCAACGCAAUGGGAGUAAAGGUGAGGAGCUGUUGCUUGGCGACAGUGGGUGGACAGGACCCGAGGUGAGAGAGAUGCCCCUGCCUCACCUGCAGGGGUUGAGCGCGAUGGUAAAAUCACUGAGACAGUCUUUUCAGUCUCAUGAGGAGCGCAGGUCAUGGGAACGAGGCCCUGUUGCCAUGGCGCCAACAUUUGAGGAUGGUCUGUAUGUGCAGACGGUGGUGGAGGCGGUAAAGCGGUCCAGCUGUUCUGGAGAAUGGGAGUGUGUGGAGAUCAUGAGUCAAGAGCCAGAUCCGAAUCACAACCUGUGUGAGGCUCUGCAGAGAAACAAGAACUAAUUAUUUUUAAACACCAGGUGCAACGCUACUACAAAACUAAGCUCUGAAUGUUUCCCCUUAACUCUGCUGCUCAGGCAGUUUACAUGAUAUGACUACUUUCUGCUUUAACAUCUGAUAUAAGAAAACACAACUGUGUGGGGAAUAUCUUUACUCUCUCAGUUUUUAGGUUCAUACACUAAGUUAGAUGAACACAGCUCCAUUAUUCUGAUUCUCAACAGAAGACUUUAUAAUAUACAAAUGUGUUUGUGUCACUUGUCAAUAUAUUAUUCACCUGUCCAGAAAACAGUCACAAUCAUUAUGCUCAUUCACUGAAGCUUGACUUUGGAGAGGCAUGACUGCAAAGUUCCCACUGAAAAAUAAAGGUAAACAUCACAUGUCAGGUAGAAACCAAACAAAUGUUAAGGGCGAGUCUGUCAUAUUUGAGAUAAGUUGCCUGCAUACAUCUGGCUAUUUUAAGAAGGAUGUAGGUUUUUGUAUUUUCUUAGCUCAACCGUCAUCCUUGUAGUUGGACAAGAGCACGGCUCUUUCUUAGGUAUGAGGAAGAUUUUUUUUUAAUGUCCUCUUUUAAGGUGUUUUUUGGUGGUUAAAGAGUUGGAGAUUGUUAUACACCAAUGCAUUGUUGACAGUACAUGGGCAGCAGCUGUUUUUUGAACAGAACAGGUUUGAGUUUUGAGUGAUAAGCAGACAAAAGGUUUUUGUACUUGAUCAGUUCAAAUAUUUUCACUUUAACAGAUUGACCCAAUUCAAUUUGAGACAAUAUUUAUAGCUUACAUGUUGAUUUAUUUUGGUGUUCAUUUAUUCACAACACUUACAGCACCUUAUUCUAAAAGGAAGAGUUUACCUCAGACAGAAAUGUGAAUGUCACAACAGGUCAAAGAUUUGACUAACAAAAUCCUCUCUCUGUGUGAAGAGUGUUGACUGGCAGAAUUUAAAUGACGCUCCACCCGAGCUAAGCCUCUGCGAAAUGUAGAAUAAGAAUAAUGGAGCUGUUUAGAGUUUACUUUCUGAUUUUUUUAAUGCGUAAGAUGCAAUUUUUUAAAAGUGGGGAUGAUUGUAUGAGGUGCUUUUGGGUAUUUGUCUUGUGGCAUAUAUAAGAAACCAGGGAUUAAGUUAAAUAAGCUAUGUAGAGUAAAAUAAAUAACUUUAAUUUUUUAGCAUUGCCCCUCAAAAAAUUCCUGAUUCUGAAAGGGAUGCUCAAUUUUAAAUCUUUGAAGAUGUACUUUGAGCCAAAGUGUGAAAAGUUUGUAGUUUCCUUUUUUGCAGCUGUUUAAGUGAGCUCAAGUUCAUGACGGAUUCAAGUUUUCACAUGUUUUCAAUGUGGUGGGAAAUAUAUCUAAACUUCAAACAAACACUCAUCAUCCAUGUGCUCAGUCAUUUUUUCACCUACACAUACUACAUGAAUUUAAAACUGCUUCAAGAAGCAGAUAUUCUGGUCUGAUUUUCCCUCAGAGAAAUAGAUUCAUGUAGAUGUUCUGUCCUUUUUUCCUGCACUUGAAAUGAAUGGAUGGUUGUCCUUUCAAACAAAUUCAAAUAGACCGUGAAGAAGGAAACUACCACCUUUCACAGCCCCGUCAACCUGCUUGAUGCUGGAAGUUCGGAUAAGAUUUUCACUGAUUAUCGACCUUUUAAUCUCCAACUAUCAAAGAUCGGAAAGCAAAGUCUGAAGGAAAAUGAAUACUAAAUAAGUUUGAAUGUGUGCAUAAGGUUUGUUUACAUGUGUCAACCCUAGAAGUAAUUGUAUUUGUUUAAAAAAAUGUUGUUUAAUGCUAUCUAUGGUUAUUACACAUGUUGAAAUCCAGAGAGAGGGGCCACCAUCCACCUUGCUUUACUGUUCAUCUUUAAACUUUUACUGAUCGUUUCAUUGAGUAGAAUCACUGGAUUUGAUGUAUGUGAGAUAAUAAAUGUGCAAACUGACCAAGAGCAGGAAGUUGGAAACGGCUCCGGUUGUUGUAGUCACUAACUGAACUUCACCUCUGCUGACUAUCAGUCAUAUUUCCCACACAGGAACUGUAGUUAAAAACACACGUUACAUGCUUACCUCACGCUUUCCCCACAGUGCUUUACAAAAACAAUGCAUCAAGUUUACACUAAGUGUCUUUACAUCUCUUUAGCCUGCAGGAUCUUUCAUAACCAGCUACUAUUAAAAUACAUUCCAAAUAAGUGCUCCCUUUAUUCACAACUGAUGUUUUUUGUUUUAUUAUUUGCACUGAUAAUUGAAAAGAUGUCACCUAUUUAAUAUGCAGUGUGAUGCUCAUACCAGCCAGCUCACUGCACCACUGAGUUCCACACUUGUCUGUAUUAGGAAAGCUUAUGUUUGUAUUUAUUUAUAUAUCGGUGUGGAGAAAAUGUCCCAGCACUAAAUGUUUUUGUUUUCAGCCUGUGAAUUUCUGUUUUAAGCUGUUAUAUUUAUCUUGUGUAGAUGAAGUGUUUUAAUUGAUAAUAUGGCUUUUUGAGCACAAUGUGUCGCAUUUUUUUGGCAAACUGUACUGUUUAUCUGCCUGACAGAUACUCCCUUUAAUAAAUACAGUAUAAUUCAUUAA